GGCCUCGAAGAAUGAUUACAUAUUUACAUUACACACACGAUAGUAUAUAUAGACCAAAUUACAGAGGCUUUUCAUAGCUUAGACACCUGAAUAAAUCUUAUUCUAUAUCUCCAACUAUCUUUUGCUAUCUCCACAUAAAAAACAAAAAAAAAUGAAGAAGGUAUUUACCAUAAUCUGUUCUUAGCUUAAUUCUGUAUGAUGACCGUAAUUUUUUCAAUAAUUAUAUUUUGAUUGGUUGAUUUAAUUUGCAGCAAAAGGUAGUGAUUAGCAUUACUAUGAGCGAUGAGAAAGCUCGAAUCAAGGCUCACAUGAUUGCCGUUCGCCAGCCAGGAGUUGUUUCGGCGUCUGUAGAUCAACAAAAGGGGCGGAUAGAAGUGGUCGGCGAGUUUGACGCAGUGGCAAUGGCCAUUGCGCUACGGAAGAAACUGGGCCAUGCCGAUAUAUUGACGGUGGCUGAAGUAGUUGAGAAAAAGGAAGAAAAGAAAGAUGAGAAGGAAGAAAAGAAGAAUGAAAAGAAGGAAGUUAAACAGGAAGAAAAGAAAAAAGUUGAGACCCCAGAACCUCAAAUUGUGACAGCUCCUUAUCAUAAUCACCACUAUUACACUUAUCCAGUCAAUGAUUAUGAUCAUGGAGCAGGAUGCAUAAUUGCAUAGUGUUUUAAUUUUUAAUCCAAUUCGAGGUUGUGAUUAGGAAUUGAUAAUCGCGAUCAUAUAUUAAUUUGGUCAAUCUUAUUUAUAUUCCAUAUUGUAUGCAAAAAGAGAAGUUUCCAAGAACUUAUAUACUUCUAUUGUUUUCUUGUACGAAGCAGUGAGUACUACC